AUGACUGAUUUUUCAAUAAACAACUUCCCUAUUUCUAUACAAGUAGAUAAUAUCAUUAGUAAUGAACUUCCAUAUGCCAAAGUAAUUCAAAAUAGUGUUCAAUUUGAGUCACGUGAAUUUUAUGAAGCAUAUGACUUUUCUGAAAAAUCACAAUUUAAAACACAAGAUAAAGAAAAAGAUGGAUUUAUUGAAGUUAGUUCUGGUCGUGGUCAUAAUAAAUAA